GCCUCCACAACCAUGGACGCCACCGUCGCCCCAUCCCCAACACUCGACCCGAACCCGACCCCGACCGCCCCGGUACUCUCCUGCUGGAGCAACAUCGUCAAGAAGCAGCCGGACCCGAAACCCCAGAACCCUUCCCACUCCGCAAUCGCCGCCGGCAAAGUAUUCGUCGAGAGCUGCAAGUCCUCGAAAGGCAUCGCCGUCGCCGUCGUCGACGCCAAUGCCAUCAUCCAAGGCGGCGAUACCCUCGCCCAUUUCGCCGACAAGUUCGUCUCCGUCCCCGAAGUCAUGGAUGAAAUCCGUGACCCUGUCUCCCGCCACCGCCUCUCCGUCGUCCCUUUCCAGGUCCACACCAUGGAGCCCACCGACGAGUCCCUCGCUAAAGUUGUUAAGUUUGCGAGGGCUACCGGAGAUUUACAGACGUUGUCUGAUGUGGAUAUUAGGCUCAUUGCUAUGACUUAUACGCUGGAGGCUCAGAUGCAUGGAACUGAGCAUCUCAGGGCGUGCCCUCCGCCGGUGCAUACGGUUAAUGUGAGGAGGCUGCCGGAGAAGGAGCUGCCCGGGUGGGGGAAUAAUGUGCCGAAUUUGGAAGAGUGGGAAGCGCUGGAGAAUGAGGCCGAGGAGAGGUUGAACCCCGAGUCGAGGAUUCUUCCGUUGAAGGAUAUAAGCUUGAAUGUUGUCGCUGAGUCUGAGAGUUGUUCUGUUGAUGGUUCUGCUGCGGUGGAAGUUAAGAGUGAUGUUGGUUCUGAGAAUCAGGAUAGUGGUGAGGGCUAUCAGGGGAGGCGUAGGAGGUAUUUCCCAAAGAAGAAAGAGGUGAAUAUUGAAGGGAAGAUGGUGGCUGAUGGGAUUGAUGCGUCCCAGGGACAAGUUGAUGAUAAUGCUGGUGAUUGGAUGCCUGCAGUCAGCAGGAGUACUCAUAGGAGGUUUUUGAGAAGGAAAGCUAGACGCGAGUCUUAUGAGGCAUCGGCUGAUAACGAUUCUCAGCAAGACGCCGAGGAAAGGUCAAGUGGUGACAUACUGGUAAAUGCUAGAAGCCAGGAUCAAGCAUCGCCUUCUAAAUUUGAAGGGGCAUGUUGCAGACCUGUGGAGGGUGAGAUGACAGUGGAUAAGAGUCGUGAUGAAGUGCCCUCAGUCCUCGAGCAAACAAGGGAGAUCGGGGUUGAGGACAAUGAUUUCAAAGCAGGGGAAAGCACUUCUGAUAAUGGUGUGAAUAUUGGUGUUGAGGGUGAUGAGGUUGGUGUGAUAAAUGAAGGGCUGGAUCACUUGGAGAUUUCAAGUGAUAAUGAUGAAAGUGUUGAUACAUCAAAUAUGCACGAGGAUAGUAGUGAGCAGAGCUGGAUGCUGCGAUCCUUGUCUGAGUCUAGUGUAGCUUGUAUAACAAGUGAUUAUGCAAUGCAAAAUGUUAUUCUGCAGAUGGGUUUACGGUUGUUGGCACCUGGAGGAAUGCAGAUCCGCCAGCUACACAGGUGGAUUUUGAAAUGCCAUGCUUGUAACACUGUGACUGCUGAAAUUGGGAGAAUAUUUUGUCCGAAGUGUGGAAAUGGUGGUACCUUGCGCAAGGUAGCAGUUACAGUGGGUGAGAAUGGAAUUAUUCUUGCAGCACGUAAGCCUCGGAUCACAUUGCGUGGCACAAAAUUUUCACUUCCUUUACCUAAAGGUGGAAGAGAUGCCAUUACUAAGAACCCAGUUUUACGUGAGGAUCAGCUCCCACAAAAAUACCUUAAACCAAGGACGAGAACGAAAGCAACUAAACCGGGAGAUGACGACUUGUUCACUUCCAAUGACUACAUCUUCCGGCACCACUCUGAUAAGAAGGCUCCUCUGCAGCCUCCAAUAAGGAAGGCAUUAGCUGCAUUCAGUGGAAGGAGGAAUCCCAACGACAAUCAUUAUUCACAUUCCAAGCAUUAAUAGUGUAUUAGUGUUCGACCCGGCUUCUAUUUGUGUUCAAAAGACCAUAUUUUGUUUUAAGAGAUUCUUUCGGAUCCAAAUUUGUUAUUUUGUCAUCAUAUGGUGAUAAUUAUGUGCUCUAUCAUGAGUGAUUCCUGGAUCUGAGUGCAAGUAUUGGCAUUCAUGCUUAGGUGAUGAAUGAGGAUCAUAGGUGCUUGAGAUCUUAUGCAGAA